AUGAUCACCGGCAUCGCUCACAUCAACUUGACUGUCCCACAGGACACGCUGGACCAGGCAGAGGAAUUCUAUGGCACCACUCUGGGGUUGACGUCCACGCCGGUGCCCGUGUUGCAGAAGGGCACCAUUGCAUGGUUCAACAUUGGAUCAAGCGCCCAGCAAGUCCAUAUUACCUUUGGUCCUACUGACCCCUCCUCGUCCCGACACCCAUGCUUCAAGCUCGCUUCUCGCCAGGAGCUGGAGCAACUAAAGGGACGUGUCUAUGAGCAUUAUGUUCGUGGAGGAGGUGCCGCACCCAUGACAGCCGAUAAGCCGGGAGAAAUCAACUCUGGCACGCAAGGGAAAGAAUAUCCAGAGCGAUUCUUCGUGCGAGACUAUGCAGGGAACUUGUUGGAGUUUACGACAUAG